AGGAGUAACCAUUUGCAAAAUGGUGGCGCUCACCUCCUUAUCCCCAGCGCCACCGCGCCCUUCUCCGACUCCGGCACCUCCUCGCCGCCGGCCGCCGGCGCCUCGCGGCCGUACCUACUCCCCUCGCGGCGGGAUCCUCCGCGCCGCCACCGUCACGGACGCCGCGCCCGGGCCCGGCGCCGACGACUACCACUCCACCAUCCGCUCCCUCAACUCCCGUGGCCGCCACGUCCCCCGCAAAUCGCUCGGGCAGAACUACAUGCUCAACUCCAAGGUGAACGAGGAGCUGGUGACGGCGGCGGGGGUGGAGGAGGGGGACUUCGUGCUCGAGAUCGGGCCGGGCACAGGGUCGCUCACCGCCGCGCUGCUCGAGGCCGGCGCUACCGUCUUCGCCGUCGAGAAGGAUAAGCAUAUGGCUACCCUUGUGAAAGAUAGGUUUGGAUCCACAGAACGAUUGAAGAUCAUCGAAGAAGACAUCACAAAAUUUCACAUUCGCUCCCAUUUUCUUCCUUUCAUGAAAGAGGAAUACCAUGCCACCAAAAAACAUGCAAAGGUUGUUUCAAACUUACCAUUCAAUGUCAGCACCGAAGUUGUCAAACUACUUCUCCCAAUGGGGGAUGUUUUCUCUAUCGUGGUGCUUAUGCUUCAGGAUGAAACGGCAGUGCGCCUUGCAGGUGCUUCAAUACAAACUCCGGAGUACCGACCUAUCAAUGUGUUUGUGAAUUUCUAUUCAGAACCUGAAUACAAGUUCAGAGUUGACAGAGAGAAUUUUUUCCCUCGGCCGAAGGUUGAUGGAGCUGUUAUCAGCUUUAAACUAAAGAAAGCUGAGGAGUAUCCGCCAGUUGGUUCUGCCAAAAGCUUCUUUUCCAUGGUGAAUUCCGCUUUCAAUGGGAAGCGGAAGAUGCUUAGGAAAUCUCUUCAGCACCUAUGCUCUUCUUCUGAGAUCGAGGCCGCACUACACAACCUCGGCCUUCCAGUUACAGCUAGACCUUCUGACCUGACAUUGGAUGAUUUCGUGAGAUUGCACAAUCAUCUGGUGGAAGUAUGAAUAUGCAGUACCUUUGAAAUGCCUAAGGAAGUGCUUGUCGGCAUGAUGAUGAAGUGACUGGAGCCUGACUGCCCGAGAGUUGCUUUACAGGUGCCUUCAGCUGAUUUUUCUUCAUGGAUUACAGGUGCCUUCAGCUCAGCUGCCACAAUAUUGGUUUGAUCUACUGGCACACAGUCCGCAGUUGCAGUUCACCUGCAUGGACGAAGAUGUUCAAACUUGAAAGCAAUAGUUUCCCACGCUGUGGAAAUUGGACAGUCGUGCAGAAAAGAAGGGCGCUAUAUCUCUCACGUAUGACGUAUUACAGUUCACUUGAUCUAUCGACUACCAUAGUACCAUGUACAUACUGGAUCUACGACCCUGGUUCAUCUCUUCGCAAAUAGCGGAGGCGAUGUAAAGGCCAAAGAUUCAUGCCGGAGGAGCAACGGGAAGCCGUGAAGGCAGAGCAAAGACGCUUAGGGCCUGAGCUGUAGUUUUAAGCUUUUCUGGGAAGUUGUUGCUGGUUUUUUUUCUUCUGAAAAGUCAACACUAACUUUUAGAAGAUGUGUUUAGUUUUCUGAGCUUGAAAAGCUCAUAAAACUGAGCUUUCCAGCUUUUUAUUUUUAUAUAAACUUGAUUUUUCUGGA